AUCAGAAUAGUUUGAUACUCACUUGUGAAAAUACAUACCUACCAGUAGUCGUCGACCAUUAAAAUACCUUAGUCGCCGCAAAAUACCAAACUUCCGAAAAGGCAGCCACACCUGUACGAACCUCUAAUAUUUUUGAUGAAAUUCUGACCUUUCUCCGUAAAUUGUGAAAUACAGAGUCCUCCAAGAUGUCGCGGCACAGGAUAGUGCGCACCAUGGACUACAACGAUGAGUACGACGGGUACGACGACAUCUACGGGCACUCCGUUGAGGACGAGCACUGCAUCUCGCCCACGGAUGCCCAGCAGUGGCUCUACGAUCGUGCUCGUGGCCAGCAGAGCAUCUCUGCGUUCAUCAGCAAGAACAAGGACAUCCAGGAGGAGGAGGCCGACGAGGAGGAGGACGCCGCCUUCGAGAAGGCGCGUCGUGACUCCGAGAGUUUCCAGAUGCCACAGCUGGACGAGAUCGAGCAGGCCAAGCUGAGCUCCUGCGUGGAUGAGGUGCGCAGUGUGGUGGGCGAUGCCGUCUCGGAGCGCCGCAUUGUGGAAACCUCCAUGAAAUUCGACUACGACAUGCAAAAGAUCCUAGACGAAAUCCUCAAUGAAGAGACCAAGAAGUCUGCUAAGCCGUCUGUGAAUAGGAUGAAAGCGCCAGCUGCUCCUGUGCUGCCUAAAACCGUCAGCAAAACGGUGGCUACGCCGCCACCCAAGAUCAGCCUUAAGGAGCCGCGCCGAGGUUUCGAAAUACCCUCGCCCAAGGUGCCCUCAUCGCCUGUGGUCUCGGGCAGGAACACACCCGUUGACAUCAGCGGCGACGACAUCUCCCGCAGCUCGGCGACCCUUUUCAAGGUCUCCAAGGAGCAGGCCGUGCGCAACGCCCGCCAGCUGUACGAGAAAGAACGAGCCGACCAGAAAAGCCACAUCCACAUGAUCGUCAUCGGGCACGUGGACGCCGGGAAGAGCACGCUGAUGGGUCAUCUAUUGUACGACACCGGAAACGUUUCACAGCGCGUGAUGCACAAGCACGAGCAGGAGUCCAAGAAGCUGGGCAAGCAGAGCUUCAUGUACGCCUGGGUGCUGGACGAGACGGGCGAGGAGCGGACCCGCGGCAUCACCAUGGACGUGGGCCAGUCGCGUAUCGAGACCAAGACCAAGAUCGUCACACUGCUGGAUGCUCCGGGACACAAGGACUUCAUUCCGAACAUGAUAUCCGGUGCCACACAAGCGGAUGUAGCCCUUCUGGUGGUGGAUGCUACGAGGGGAGAGUUUGAAUCCGGCUUUGAGCUAGGCGGACAGACAAGAGAGCACGCCAUCCUAGUGCGAUCCCUGGGGGUUAAUCAACUAGGCGUGGUGAUCAACAAGCUGGACACCGUUGGCUGGUCACAGGAGCGAUUCACAGAGAUUGUGACAAAGCUAAAGUCUUUCCUCAAGCUGGCUGGCUUUAAGGAGUCCGAUGUGAGUUUUACGCCCUGCUCCGGACUUACCGGCGAGAAUCUCACCAAGAAAGCCCAGGAACCCGCCUUGACCAGCUGGUACAGUGGACCACACUUGCUGGAUGUCAUAGAGAACUUCAAGGUCCCCGAAAGAGCCAUCGACAGACCGCUGCGGAUGUCCGUGUCGGACAUUUACAAGGGCACUGGCUCCGGAUUCUGCAUUUCGGGGCGAGUGGAGACCGGAGUGCUGUGCCUGAACGACAAGGUGCUCGUGGGCGCCAGCCGGGAGCAGGCUCAAGUAAAAUCCCUCACCAUGAACGAAUUCCCGCAGACUAGCGUUUUCGCCGGCGAUCAGGUCUCCGUAACCCUGCCCGCCUUAGACAUCAACAACGUCACCGUUGGCUGCAUCAUCAGCGAUCCACAGACACCCAUUCCGGUGACAACGCGAUUCCAGGCCCGCAUCAUCGUGUUCAACGUCAAGGUGCCCAUAACCAUGGGCUUCCCCGUGCUGCUGCACCACCAAUCCCUAAUAGAGCCCGCCGUGGUCUGCAAGCUGACGGCAUCGAUUCACAAGAGCACCGGCGAGGUGGUCAAGAAGAAGCCGCGUUGCCUGGGUAACAACUCCUGUGCCCUGGUGGAACUGGAAACCAGCAGACCCAUCUGCAUCGAGCGGUAUGCGGACUUCAAAGAGCUGGGACGCGUGAUGCUGCGGGUGGCGGGCGUCACCAUUGCCGCUGGGAUGGUCACCAAAAUCCGCUAGGUCAACGGCCGCGCUAAAUUUUGUACGAAAUUUUAGUUAGAUAUUAACUUUUGUUGUUUUGCUAAAUAUACACACAUAGUUUAUAUAAAUUGAUUAAAUCAAAAAGACGCUGAAGCAGUGGAAUUGACAC